GCCAUUUCCGGUCGUUCGGCCAAAUUUAGUCAGGGGAAGCGAAAUCAGAAUAGGCUCAACCGAUGAAAGCCGGCCGCGGCGUAUACUCAAGCAGCAACUAGCAAUGCAGCGAUAAAAAUUUGAUCCGGAAUCGAUACACAGUGUAAUUUCACUUUAAUCACGUGUUCAACACGGCGGUGCAGCCAAUCGGGCGCUACUGGCAGUCAAUAUUAAUUUUGAGUGUGUUCUUUGUCGGCAUUAGCGCAUGCGUCGUAAAGCGCGGAGGAUGAGUGUGGAGGGCACAUUAAAAAGUUAACUAUAUACGUAUACGCCACUGUUACAGCUGUGAGCCGCCGCAGCGAUGAGAGCGCUUUUGAGCACACAAGCCAGUUUAAAGAGUGAAACAGGGGCAGUACGGCACUUGAGAAUUAAUAGUGCGUGGAUAAUAGCCGAGCCACUUUAAUAGCGCUAAUGACUAUUGAUCGAUGAGCUGGAAAUAAGGACCAGCAGGGAUUUUGCAACUGCUGAAUACAUUCUCACUGUCGCUGUCGCUGGACACUUUAUUCCGGCAUCAUGUGUGUAGCGGUAUAGCCCCUGCCGAUGCCAAUUGGCAUCCAUCGAUCAAUUCAUUCAUUUAAGCCUCAAUUCGGCCCAAUUGUGCCGGCGCAUAAAGCCAACGUUAACCCCUCUUUCUCUCUCGCUGCACAGAUUCACAGCCCAACCAAGCCGCUUUACUGCCGGCCUCCGGAUGCGCUCCGGCCGGGAGUGUCGACGGCGUAAAUGCCGCCACCGGCAACAACACCCUCAACGGCAGCGUCAACACCGCUAAACCCCGGAUCUGGUCGCUGGCCGAUAUGGCCGGCCCCGGCAACGCCAGCCCCAAUAAGACCCAAUUAGCCCCGCCCCCCGACGCACUGCCGGGCCCGCCUCUGCCGCUACCCUUUCCGCAUGGCCCGCCCCACCACCCAUCCGGCCACCCGUUCCUAGCGCGCAUGGGCCCCAUGCUGCCGCCGGGAGCGCAUCCGGGUGGUUGGUCGCCGCUGUUUGCUGCCUCCGCGGCCGGCAGUCUCCUGCAGUCCGGUGCACUGAAUGCGCAGCACGCGGCCGCCGCCAACUUCUUCACACAGAACCCCAAUUCGGCCUUUUCGGCGCCCGGGAGGAUGCCGCCGGGAUUGAUGGGCGCCAACGGGAUGGUCCAUCCACGGUUGCCCGUUAAUGCCGGUCAGCGGGAGAAUGUGGUCAGCCGGUCGAAGGAGGAUGGAGUGGAGACUAAUGGGGCACUGGCACCGCCGACAAAAACGCACCGCACAUCGCCGUCAGAAAAUGUUCGAGUGGCGCAGAAAAGUCCGGAUGGCAGCAGCGUGAAAAAGCCAGAGAAACUGAUAUCCGUGACUGUCUCACGCAACUUAUCCAACUCUGACAGCACAAAAUUGACGGAACGACUGGAAAACUCUCCACCAAACUCCAGUGAGCCUAGCGCCAAACGGAGAAAAUCUGAUUCCUCUGACUCGCGACCUUUAUCACCAAGCGUUUGAAAUUAAAGAUGGUUUUCCAUAACUGCAAUCGGCAUAAUUUGUAAGAGAAAAACAGUAUUAUGCUAUGUAUUUCUCAUUUUCCUGUACGAUAAUAAUAAUGUAUGGUUGUAAUGCGCAUGUAAAUUGAAAUGGAAUAAUGAAUGACGUAUGACUGGUAUAUGCGGCUGUAUUUUGUUAACACUAUCCUCGGUAUUAUGCAUUAUCCCGGUUUGUUAUUGGUUUCUCAUUAAAGGCUGA